AUGAUUUUCCGGCUGCGUACCUCUGGUGAUGCAGAGACCGCUGCAGCUGGAUAUGCUGGGGUGGGUAUUGUAUUGAACGAACAAGCGGAAGCGUCUCUGCUUGAUUGGAUACCCGUUGACAGUCGCCUCCGUGCGAUUCGUUUGGCGACAUCUGUGAGAGAAUCUAGAGAAAGUGAGGUUCAUCGCACCCUGUUUAUUGUGUCUGUAUACGCCCCAACUGACUGUAGCUCUGAAUCUGCCAAGGACAAUUUCUAUGACGCUCUAAGUGCCCUUCUACAGCAGGCCAAAAGCUCUGAUAUCGUUGUGGUUGCUGGUGAUAUGAACGCCCAGGACUGUUAUUGGUCUCGUUUAGAGGAAUCGGCGGCCCCCAGUGGCUCUGCUUCGUUAAACUACAAAGCAAUCUGUUGGUUAUUUCCUCACUUGAAUGGCUUUUUGUGGAGAUAAAAAGGACACACUGCCCGCGUUGGAGGACAUUUGUGUGCGAUACAUAUGCAAGAAUUUGAGUGAUCUCACCUACUUGGAUCUGAGUGGACCAAAAACUAGGCGAAAAUGGAAAUUUCCCUACCCCGAAUUCCACAUUACCCCUCGCCCUGCACAGAAAAUACUAUUACAACUGUGCAAACGAAAUGCUUUGGAUGAUGAGCGAAUGUCUCUUUUUUCUGCCGAGUAUGUUAAUCUGAUAUCACCAACGAUAAAAGAGACAAACGUGAGUGCAGAAGCUUUACGUGCUCUCAGAGAUUUUCGUCUUUCCAAUCUUUCGGUUGUCAACCUUCCUAAUGUAAACCUGAACAGUGUUCUCGGUUGUCUUGGCGAAUGGACUCUACGCAAUCUGACCAGUUUAAAUGUAACUGGCAUUUCAAUUCUCACUGGCAUGAAUAUCCCCAUAUUUUUCCCGCUGGGGAGGUUCAAGAAUUUACAACUGCUCAAUGUCAGUCGAACGGAAUUCUCAACGACCGAUUUGCAAAUUGUCGCUGACGAUCUCCCUAACGUGCAGUUUCUGAAUAUUUCGCGUACCUCUGUUUCCGACGUCUCACCUCUCCUAUCUAUGCGUGAUCGAUUGACUGGUCUGAUUAUGCAUCGUCUGGAAUUGGAGCAGAAAGAGGACGUAGAGAAUAUGUUAUCAGUGGUAGUACAACUGCACCAACUGCGCACCCUGGAUGUGUCUGAUAAACCCAGACCGUCUGGUUCCCGCUUGGAUGCUGUUGACAUCUUGUGCACCGCCAAUACUCUGCCCUGUCUGGUUAGCAUUGAUCUUUCUGGAAACCAAUUCGGAUUGAAGCUGGAAGAUGCCAGGUGAGUAUUCUUUCUUCAUUUUUCCCGACUGCUGUACCUGUUUUAGGUUGUUGAUCAAGAACCAUCCAAAUCUGGCAUUCGCCGGGUUUGCUUCUUGGCUAUCUAGUCACGAGCACGAGCUGGAGGGAAUCCACAGACUGUCCCUGAAGUAUCCAGAUAUAAUAAUGCUGGGUGACCGCGGUGAUCAACUUCUUUUGAACACACUGACCCGGAACAAAGAUCGUGCCAUCUACCUCCAAAACGCACUGCACAGCAUCUUUGAAGCAACAAGCAACAGAGAAACGCUAAAGCCAGAUUUGCUGCAGGCAGUCCUCCGUGUCAUGCGGUUACAUCUACGACGCGUAGAAAUGAUCUUAGCUGGCACUGCAGUCAUCUACAAUUUGACAAGAGGUGAGCAAAGUUGUCAGCUGCCCUUGGAGGUACUCAACCGAGCUGUUCGAAUGACGUUGACGGCAAUGGAAAAGUUUCCAAACAACCGACAAUUACAGAAGAACUGCUUUCUUACUUUGUGCAGUGAUACGCUCUUGUACCGAGCGACGUUCAACUGUAACCAAUGUUGUGAAUUGGUUUUCAACAACCUCAUCGCUUUCGAUGAUAUGCACAUGAAGCGCAUGGGUGUGGCAAUCAUUUCCAUCCUGGCGGCCGAGAUUACAACGGCCGGUCUAUCCGAGCUGGCCAGAGACCGUAGACGCAUUCAAUGUUUGUUGGCCUACAUUGCGGAGAAAUGUUUACUCAUAACGGACUUGAACGAUUUGGGUCCAGUGAUCCCGAACUAUUUGAGUCAAGUACGCCUACGCGCUGAGGGUACACCAAUUUUCGAUACAACCUUGCGGUUCACGUUGUCUGCGCUGUGGAAUUUGACCGAUGAAUGUCCGGAAGCCUGUAUGGGGUUUGUGGAAGAGUGCGGUCUUCGUAUUUAUGAGAAAGUGCUCAAGCGAUUUGCAGACCAGGACGAAGAGGUGAAAAAUCACGUAUAUACUAAGUGCUUGGGGCUACUGAACAAUGUGGCUGAAGUGGAUCAAACUCGAAACACUCUCCUGGUGGAUAGCCUGAUGGAUUUUUUCUUCAAAAUGCUUCGUCACCCCAGUAUACAGAUUAGUUACUUCGCUGCUGGUAUUGUCGCGCAUCUUUCGUGUUUGAAGGACGAUGUUUGGAUGGCCGCAUUGCAAUCGAGCAAAGAAAGCCAUAUCAAGUUGUUGGGUCAGUCGGUGUGUUGCUGGCAACCACCACAAUAUGAAAUGGUUGCUUAUAGAUCGUUUGAGCCGUUCGAGCAAUUGGUUCUUCAUCCACAGAGUCGCUUGGAAGUGCACCUUUGGGCAGUCUGGGCGAUUCAUCAUAUUCUAACUCGCAAAGAAGCACGCUAUGUACCAACUCUGCGAAAUUGCAAGCGCCUUCUCAAUUUUCUGCGCUAUGUAACUUCCGCAGAUGAAACCGUUCUCUGCGCAAACAGCCUUCAGCGUCAACAUUGUUCAAUACCGGAAUCCACUGAUGAUCAACUCAAACAACCGGAACCAAUAUCCACACUCUCCCUGCCAACUCACCCAGAUCCCACAAACACUACUAUUUUGGAUUCUAGCGAGGGGUCCACGGGCAUUCAGUCUACAAGUGGAACACCAAAUCCAUGUCCCGGAUAUGCGGGCGAUGCGGUUGCUUUCAGUGAUAGGAAAUCAUCAUACACACUGAUUCAGGACCGUACAAAACGUUCGCUAUCUAGUGGAUCAGUCGGCACAGUUUUUGACCAAACAGAACCGGUACGAAAGACCGCAGCUGGUGUGUCCGCCUUCGUUGGGCCGGAUACCUCACAACUUGAAUGUGCCAGGCUGAUUCGGCGUCUGGCAACGGAGAUCAUUGCCGCUGUAGAUCGUCAUUCCUCAAAUUCCAUCGCUGAAACCCUCGGCGCGGCCGUUUCAUCCACAAGUGAAGCUGGACUUACUUGAUGUAGUCAGUUCUAACUUGAUCGUUUUUCUACUUUUCUUUCUGCUUUGUGAGAACAACACCCCGUUGGAUUCGAAAAGUUUGCAGCGACCAUUCUUCCUCCCACCACCCGCAGCAUUUCUUGCAUUCACUGGUAGAUUCUAUCCACACAUCGAGCAGCGACAAUCGAUCCAGCUUUGCUGUUUGCAUCCGUUUUUUCCAACUCACUAGCCUCAUCCUCAUCAUCAUGAUGGUCGUUGUGGUGUCAUGUUGCUAUCUCCAAGUGUUUUAUUCGUCCAGGUGGAUGCGGUGGUCUUUGGUUUCGCAUGUAUCCAAAUGAUGCCUGUCUCACUGUUUGUCGCAUCCUACCGAACACGUAUGUGGUCAAAUUCCAUUUCCCCACGGGCUCGUCAUCCUAAAGCCAGAUUAUUGGGCACUUUUGUUCUUUUCGUGCUCGAGUGUUCUUUCUCACAGCUUGUACAAAAACACGUACCUCGACCCUUCCGUAUGCGUAUUAUGAUGGACCCCGCACAACAGCACUCGUACUGGGGUGUGCUGUCGAGAACGGUUUUGCAUGACUGCGGACUCCGAUCAACCCAAAUCUUCUAGCGCUUUAGAUCCCUGGAAGGUUGACUCCCUUUUCACAUAUUCAGAUAUCCCCAACCGGGCUUUUAGAUUCUUGAAAGUCAUCCAGCUUUUGCAACUGAUAUUGGAGAAUCGAGCGACGACCCAGCACUUGCUGGACUUCAAGCGCUAAAGUAUGAGUCAGAGGAUCCCGACGGUACUUCAUCGGACAUCUCAUCCUGACAUUUUAUUCAAUUCUAGCCAAUGCACUAAGUUACAAGGAUGAAGGGAAUUAUCACUACAAACGAAAAGAAUUUUCUAAGGCUAUCGAUUCCUACUCUGGCGGACUUCGAGCCAAACCGAAAGACAUGAAUCUUGUGGCUGUAUUGCUUACCAAUCGGGCAAUUUGUCACUGGUAUUUAAGUAACUGUUCCAGUUGGUUUCUUUGUAACCUACUUUUAAUUUGCAGAAAAUUAUAGGUCUUGUAUAAUGGAUUGCAAAGCAGCUCUUGUCGCGGACCCACAACAUCAAAAAGCAUAUGUUAAAGGUUGGUUUGUGUUCACCUAAUUUUUCUAAUAUACACUACAGCAGUAGAGGCUUGCCUAGCUUUGGACAAGAUCCACGAUUGUCUUGAGCUUUGUGAACUCGGUCUAACCAAGUUUCCUGGCUGUCAGAAAUUGACGGAAGCUCGUGCGAAGGCUCGCCAAAAGCAAAAUCUUUCUGACCAAGCCGAGAUCGCAAAGAUCAAAGCUCAACGUGAAGAGGAAAAUAAACAAUUGACAACUUUAAAGCUCAUCACGGACAGAGGCAUACAGGUCAAUUUCAGGUUGCCUCCGGUGUGUGUCCCAGACGCGGCUGAUGCGCGAUUUUACGUGGAUUCUUCCAACCAUCUUCAUUGGUCCCUACUAUUCAUGUAUCCGGAGUUUGGUCAGACGGAUUUUCUGCGAGACGUCAUUGAAGAUUCUACCGUCCUGGAGUGUCUUCGCCUCGUCUUUGACCCUAGUCAACCGCCCCCUGCGUGGGAUACCGAACAAAUUUACCGAUUUGGAGACGAUAGUUUAGAGGUUUAUUUUGAGGACAGUACGGUCUCACAAAAACUGGUCUCAUUCCCUGCAGAACUGACGGUCAAACAGCUAACUAAACGCAAGGACUUCUGUGUGAGGCGCGACUUGCUUAUCGUUAUCCACGUCGUAUCGAAGAGGUCGACGAAAUUCUACCAAAGGUGGAAGGACGAAAUGCGGUGGUACUAACUGUGAUUCGAAGUGGCAAACCAUAUGGCUACACUCCUUGUAAAUAUGUAUUUACAGUUGUCACAAAAUAAAACGAAUUUUAC